AUGACUGGCUUUGGUCAAGGACGAGGUGGAGGACAAGGUGCCGGUCGAGGUGGAGGUCAUGGUGUCAUUCCACUAAGUGAUGAUCCGCAUCCCCCUGGUGAUCCUCUCCAUCCCGGACUCGAAAAUGUUUUGAGCCGACCCGAACAUAAUUUCCGCUCGGAGACUCCCAUGUUUACUCCCGCUGGGGGUUGGCGCGAUGGUAGACCUCCAUGGGAACAAGAUAAUCUAGCUGCAUGGAGAACGGGACGGGACCCCUUGACUGGGGGUUCGAGUAAUCAAUUCCAACAAAUGGAAGAGGAAUAUAGAUCUCCGUGGCUUAAUAUACCGGAUCAGGAUCAGGUUGUGGAAGCAACUAUUGAUCCAUGGGAUCUUAUUGGGGGAAUGGAUGCUAUGGCACCCGUGGUACAACAACCGGCUACUCCGCAGAGGGAAAUACAUUGGCAAGGACCUCAACCUGAGGCUAUUCCAUUGGGUCAAGUUUUUGAAAGUGAAGCAAGAGAUUGGAGGAGUGGAAAUCCACCGACGAUACAAGAGCAAAAAGGACUUCAGAGGAUCAUGCCACAAAAUCCAAGCUAUGGAGGUCAGAUGGGAGCUUCCAUGGCUUCUGGGCCUUAUUUUUCCCAUGCAGAAUAUCAACAGUUCCAGCAACCACAACAGCAGUAUAAUCAACCGCAACAGCAACAGCAACAAUUUCAACAAAUGGAUAUACAAAAUGCAACUUAUGGACAUGGUACACAUGUUCCAAGGAUCCCAAAAGGUCCCACGUAUCAACAAUUGUAUCUUCCAUUACCAGCGGGAGGCACGGUAUGGGAACAGCAAAGACUCAAGCGACCGCCUGGCCCACUAACCUGGAAAGAUACGCGAGCCUAUUCCCCAGGACCAGAUGGAGAUUUUGAUCCCUUCAUCGUCGAACAACUCGAAACCGGCACUUAUUCCCCUUGGUUAAGUGAAAUCGCUGCCAAUAUCGAAGCGAUAGAUGAACGACCCAAAAGGCUAUGGGAAUCCAUGACUGCGUGGCGAGCUAGAGUUAUCACUGCUCGAAAAGCGAUUGGGAUCGAAUCUUCAGAAUUAAGACAACGUCCAUAUUCAUUCCCUAGGACUGCGAAACAAGCUGGUGAUACUCCUGCACAACUUAAAGCCCGAACAGCUGCUCGUCGAAAAGUAAAGAUACAAUGGGAAAAAGAUAAGGAGGUUCAUAAGAAUAAAAUGGAUCAUACACAUAAGAAUUUCGAUCCAGAAUAUGCGACGCAAUAUCGAGCUGAAAAAGCAACACGGCAAUUAGAAAAUGCUAAGAGGAGAAAGACGGCUUUAUUAAUUGCGAGACGCAUUGCCGAGAGAGAUCAUCAACCAAGACCUGUGACACCAGAAUUACCAGAAGAUAGUAGUGAUGAGGAUCUUCCAGCCAUGCCUUCUAGAGAUAGAACUGGGAUGUCUGCAGUUCCGGGUCCGAGACCCAAACGCUGUAUACGUUGUCAGCAUAUGAGAAAAUUGUGUUCUAUAGUAGCAGGAUCAACACAACCUUGUGAACUCUGUAGAGAAACUGGAGCACAGUGUCAAUUGCCUCGUCCUGGAUCUUCAGACAAAACUGCAGGUGGAACUGCAGGCGGAACUGCAGGUUGGACUCCAAGUCAACCAUCGAGAUUCGGUCCAAAAGUCAAACGUUGUUUAUAUUGUACACACAUGAGAAAACCAUGUACAUUAGUAGCAGGAUCCCCUCGACCUUGUGAUCGCUGUAAACAACGCGGAAUCGUAUGCGAAAUAACUCGAGACUUGGAAGAUCCGAAUGCACCCAAACCGGCAUGGAAAUUGAAACCACAAAAACCCGAUCCUAAACCAGUGGGUGAUCCAGAUGAAUUUUCAGAUUCAGAGGUGGGCGUAGAUGAUGAUGAAGAUGGAGAACCAAUUACAGCUCAACAGAAAGCUAGCCUUUCGCGAAAGAAAAGAGCUGCAUUUAAUCAAAGCGCAAGACUCUCUCCUCGAAGACGUCGACGUAGAAGUGCCAGUCCCGAAAUGGAGAAUGCUCCUAGUAUUCAAUGUGGGCCUUGUAAAGAUCAAUCUCGUCCUUGUGAUGGAGAACGUCCUUGUGGAACAUGCAGACUCAAUGGAACAAUCGAUAUGUGUAGUCCCGUCUCUUUCUUUUCGAAAUACAGACAACGGGAUUAUCAAGGAGUAGGACAACAUGCUAAUGAUGAAAUGGAUUGGCGUUUUUCAACACCAGAAAGAGGUUAUAAUGAUGUUAAUAUUGAAUGGGAUAAACUGGCUUCGAAUUUCGAAGAAGCAGAUCAAGCAAUUGAAGAUAUGGAUUUAGGUCCUAUGAUGAAUUCCAGUUCACAAGUCAUCAUGGAUUCAUUCGAAGCUGGACAUCGAAAUAGUUUUUUCACGAAAAAUGAAGAAAAUGAACAUCCAGCUAUGGAACCAUAUAAACCCGAUCCAGAAGGUCCGUCUUAUAAUCGUGUCGCUACAGUCACGGAACCAGAUGCAUCAUACAAUAGUCUUGCGCCAGAAGGACAAGAAUUUUUAUCCGAACCAUUUGGAGAUGUGGCACAUUAUGAUGCUAUGACUUUUGGCGGAGAAGAAAUAGAUUUCAGUACACCUAGGGUCUCACCUCAAUAUAGUGUUGAAAGCCCUGAUAUAGAAAUGCUUGAUUUAGAUGAAGUUCUAAAUUCAGUCGAAGAACGUCGAUCUGGAUUCGAAGUAGUUGUUCAAGAAAAACCUGAUCCCGAUCCAAGACUUCAAAUUCAUCCUCUAUCCGAUUAUCGACAAGAAUGGAAACAAAAUUUGAAAGGGAUCCUUAGAAAUAAACAUUGCGAUGAACUUAUCGGAAUCGAUAUUUGUUUCAAAUCUCCAGCAAAACAUUGCGAUUAUCUUCAACAUGGUAUUGAAGGAGGUGAUUGGCAUACUUGUGUACAUUGUCAUAAAGAUCAAAAUGUUCGAGUGUCAGAUUCCCAAUCAACACUUAUUGAAUACACCAAAUUAUAUUAUUGUGACGAGUGUGCGGCUGAGCAAAGACCACGAACCAGUGGAAGAAGAGGAGGUGCAGCUUUCAAGAAAGAAUACUGUACAUGUACAUCUCAGAUGAGAAAAUCUUGGUUAUGUAAUACUCAUCGGGAUGAAGCUAUUCAGGAUGUAACGGAAAGAGCUCUAGCCGUGAAGAAUUGGUUGUCUAGAAAAGGUUUGUUGAAAUGUAAUGGGUGUGAUACAAGACAUCUUGGUUAUAGGUCGGGUAUGUGGGCUUGUGCUUCUUGUAAAGAUGUUGUAUAUGGUUAA